AAGAAAAAACAAAAUGAAGAAAUAGCAAAAGAUUAACAAGCAGCUACUGUCCAAAAAACGAAAAGGAAAAAAAAAUCUUCAUUUUAUCUCAUAUCCGUCAAUCAACAAGCACACUGAAAAUUAGAGCACACCAAAAAAAAAAUGGCGACCUCCAUCUCAAUCUCUUCUUCUCUUCCACUGUCCACAACAAAAUCCCUUUCCAAUUCGUCUUCCUUCUCUUCUUCCAAUUCCCUUUUUUUCUGCAAUCACAAGUCUCGGCCUUUUGUGGGUUCUCUUCAAAGCUCCCACACACCCGUCCUUUACACCAAUAAAAGAAGGGGGCUUUCUUGUACCUGUUUAUUUGGGCUUGGUGUUCCGGAGCUGGUCGUCAUUGCCGGCGUUGCCGCCCUAGUUUUCGGGCCCAAGAAGUUGCCGGAAGUUGGGAAGAGUAUUGGCAAGACUGUCAAAAGCUUUCAACAGGCAGCGAAGGAGUUUGAAUCAGAGCUGAAAAAGGAACCUGAAACAGAUGGAGAAGUGCCCUCUAAAGAAGUCAAGGCAGUCAGUGAUGAGGCGAAAGAAGAUGCUACAGUCUCAAGCAUAAACGAUAGUUAGUAUCAAUGGGAGAGGCUGUAGUAUAUUAUUUUUAGGAACUUUCUGUAGCUAAAAGUAUUAUAUCUCAAGUUUGUAUGAAAAGAUUCAGUCAUUGAGAUGAGAGUUGUGAUCAUUUUUCUAUCUACCGGAUCGACAUUUUUUAUCCCCUCUUAUUUUUCUUGGACAUAGAGGACUACCCACCACCGACAUGGUGACACAGUACUUUGGAUAUACGUCUUCAUGACUUCAUCGUUGGAUUUCUAUCUAAUGAUCUUGGGCACCCUGUUAUUUGAGGCCAUAUCUCGUAUCCAGGGUUUGCCUCGAUAGUCAGUCAAACAAAGGGAUAGUUUUGUUACGACCGUAUGUUUCAUGAUUGUAGAUCAAAUUCGGUCAAAUGGAUGUAACCUCGUACGACACAAGGGGUUUGUAGAACAGAGGUUUUUUUUCCCCCUCUUUUUCGAAACGUGAUUGAGUUUUAGGCAUUCUUUGUUUAUAUUAGCUAUUUUACUGAGG